CUUUAUUUCUCUCUUUUGUAUGUUUAUCUAUUCUAUUUCUCACCCUUUUUUUUGUUCAUUUCUGCCAAAAACACCAGUAAGCUCCCUUGUUGCAAAGGAACAAAUAUCAGAGUAUAAAAUAGAUUUUAAGAGAGCCAAUGGAUUAGAUAUAUGAAGUAUCGAAGAUGAAGCAGGUCGGGUACGCAAUAGUUUUAGCUUUUGUAAAAGGCAGACCCAUGCCAAGUCCUCAUUUUGCUUGUAUGUAGAGUACGGUCACAUGGCCAUGAGCUUUUAAGUUUUAUCGAUAAGGACCUCCACAUGUAUAACUUUAUUUUCAAGUAAUACCCUAGAUAGAGGAAUUCCUCUACGUACUUUCCCAGCUCUCUAUUUGCUUUUUGCUUUGAAUUGGUUCCCACCAUAGUCAGUCUCAUUUCUCUGCCUCUCUUGCAAUCAAAGAUUUUUCUCACACCGUCCAUAUAUGACCUUAAAAUGUCUUGUGGAAUAUUUCUGCGGAAAUAGAGCCGCUGGUCCUACCUUGAUAAUUAUUAUGACGUUCAUAAGUUUCAUGCUUUCUUUUAAUCUGCAUACGUUCUUCCUCAGUCACAUUAUCAUGUUUCCCAAACUCUGCCACGAAUAAAUACUACUCAAAGAGACCACAGAUUCUUACACACUUGCUGCAACUCCAAAAUUUGAAUCAAUUCUACGAGUACCAAGUAUCAUAUAUUCCAGUUUUGAAAAUCGUUCCAAGAAUAACUUGGACAUAGAUGAAAAGACUCAACAUCGUGGAAGGAAGGUUCAAUGCAAAAACAUUUAUCUGGUGAAUUGCCCAUUGGUCAUGAUGCAGUUUCGUUCAAACAGUUUUCAAUGAUCAUACUGUACACUGAAUUAUAUUCAUGUGUGGAAUUCAUCACCUUGGAAGGAGAUAACCUCACUGGCCUAUUUCCUGGCACCUCGUUAGAUUUGGGGUUUGUGAUGACUUUAACUGGCUCUCUCUUCAUUAUUGUGGAGGUUGCUCGGAGUAAUCUGUGGAAUUCUAGGAACAUAUUCAUCAGUGCUGGAUAUCGUGAACACAGUUGAGACCUUAUCUAGUAUUCUGCAUUUGAUGGUUACGAUUGUUAUUAGAAAA